AUGAAGUGUAUUGCGAGCACGGCCGACGAGAAGGACACGGCGGCCGAACGAUCCGAUGAACCGUUUCAGCGAGGAAGUCUGCUGCUGCUGCAGCAGCGCGGGGGUGACAAGAGGCUUGAGCAUAAUCCUGGCUGGCUGAACCGACAGCAGCUCCUGAGCGCUAGCGAAAAACCAAUUGUGACAGAACCGAUUGUGAAAGUGAAUGAAUUCAUCUUCAAGCCGGCCGCUGGAGAAUAA